ACAUACAUACAUACAUACAUACAUACAUACAUACAUACAUACAUGCAUACAUACAUACAUACAUACAUACAGGCCAAAGUUCCUGGGAGGAAUAGCAGACCAAGAACUAUGUAACUGGGCUGAAAAGCGGCAGAAAGGAGAUGAUGAGUAGAGCUCAAACAAUUGGUUGACUUAGUUGAUCAGCAGAAAAUUACUUGCCAACUAUCAGAUCUACGCUGGUGUUAAAAAUCACCCAGAGCUCUACUCGCAGAUAUACACCCCACAUCCUGUCGUCGUGUCAGGGGGGCGCUUCAAGGAAUUCUACUAUUGGGAUUCCUACUGGGUCAUCAACGGGCUCCUGCUGUCAGAGAUGACAGACACGGCCUACAGGAUGAUUCAAAACUUCCUCUACCUUGUCAACAGAUAUGGCUUCAUUCCAAAUGGUGGGCAGAUUUACUAUGAAAGGCGCAGUCAGCCACCAUUCCUCACUCUAAUGGUGGAGAGCUACUAUCAAGCAACCAAGGAUAAAGAGUUCCUCAGAGCAGCUUUACCAGCUCUGGAGCAGGAGUACCCGUUUUGGAUGCAGAACCGUUCUGUGGCUGUGAAAGUAAACGGGGCAGAGCAUGCACUGAACCGGUAUUAUGUGCAGGUGGGCUUGCCCAGGGCUGAAUCCUACACAGAUGAUCUGGAAUUAGCUGAAGGACUCACUGAUGACCGUAAGGAGCAGCUGUGGAUGGAUAUGAAAGUGGGUGCAGAGUCUGGUUGGGACUUCACAUCCCACUGGUAUAUAGAUUGUGACGGCCACAACAACGGCACCCUCAGAGAGACCCGCACCAGUCAGAUCCUGCCUACUGACCUCAACGCUCUGCUGUGCCUCAAUGAGAACAGUCUUGCUUCAUUUCACAGGAUACUGGGUGAUUGUGACUCAGCUGCACUGUAUGACCAGGCUGCAGUCCGCAGACUGGAGGCGAUGUCUGUGCUGUGGGAUGCUGAGAGGGGAGGCUGGUUUGAUUACAGCCUGGUGACGCACUCCAAACACUUUGAGUUUUACCCCUCCAACCUGGCACCUGUUUGGGCACAGUGCUAUUCUCGGCCUGAGAUGGGAGAGAAGGCAGUACAGUAUCUGAAGGGGAGUGGUGCUCUCCAAUUCCCCAACGGAGUUCCAACGUCGCUGAGAGAGCCUGCAACACAUGCUCACCAACGCUGGGUGGCAAUAAAUUGAUCUGCUACCAUGGGAAUUUCCUGAAACCCAUAUUCAUGAUUCACCACUUGCUCAACAUGUUGCUCUGUUGUCUUUGCAUAAUAAUUUCUGAAAAUAGGGUUUAUCCAAACUGCCUUCAGAGGAUGCUAAACAACUAGCAUUUGAUUUGGCCCAGCGUUGGAUCAAGACAAAUUGGUUGCCGUACAUGAAGUAUGAAGCCAUGUUUGAAAAG